AUGACUAAAGCACGCAAAGGGAAAACCCCAGACCCUGCAAACACGUCCAAUUUGUCUGGAAAGCGAAAGCUGAGAGACAACGACUCGGAGCCCUCCACCGACUCGAAGAAGCCUCGUCCCUCCAUCAAGGACUUGCUCUCCUCCGGUCAGUCAACUAAUUCAGAGGACAGCCCUCUGUCAGGAAGAGGUGUAGCGAAGGAGAGGAAGUCUUCUAGCAGAAUGGACACUCCCAUCGCGCAGCCCACGGAGGCAUCCUAUGCCGACAUGUACUCAUUCACAUCGAAGAAAUCUACAGCUAAUACAGUCAUUGACCUGACGUCCUCUCUAGAGUCACAAAAGAGAAAAGCCUCCUUCUCUACGCCACGGGCAUCGACCUUCAAUCCGCAUACAGGACCCAAGAAACUGGCUGUGAAGAAUCUGAGAACGGUCCCUCGAAUGGACCCUCACCACUACUUUGAUUCAAUAUGGACCAAGGAGGAUAAGGCCCUCAAUGCUAUCUUCGGAAACGCCAAGGAACAAUACUCGCUGGAAGAAUUGUACAAGGGUGCUGAGAACGUCUGUCGGCAGGGUAAAGCCACCGAGUUGUAUCAGAAAUUGAAGCAGAAAUGCGAGGUGCACCUAGCGAACACGAUUAGAGACGGAAUCCAUCGAGAUGAGGCCAACUCGUCAGAUGUCGAAGUCCUGAGCCAAUUUGUCAAGGCAUGGUCAGUCUGGCAGAAGCAGUUACUCACUGUUCGUCAAAUUUUCUACUACCUCGAUCAAACAUAUCUGUUACGAUCCCAGGAGAACCCGAGCAUUAUCCAGACAGGGCUAAUUUCGUUUCGAUCCGUGGUUUUUGAAGAUUCUAUCAUUAAGCCUAAGGUAUUAUCGGGAGUGGUGACGCUUAUUGAUUCUGAUCGAAAGAGACAACUAAGCGAGAAGGACUCCGCCCUUCUCCGCCAAUCGAUCGAUGUAUUGCAUCAUCUGAGUAUAUAUACCACUGAUUUCGAACCUCUAUUCCAAACAUCCACUGAUGGGUACUUCCGAUUAUGGCGGGACACGGAAUCACACAAGCAUAACCUUGGGGAAUAUGCCAACGCCUGCACUGAGCUUUUGGUCCGGGAGCUGACAAGAUGUGACGUUUUGAGUCUGAAUCGAAGUACGAGGGCCCAGAUUUCCGAUCUUUUUGAUACCGUCCUAGUGGAUGAGGAGCUCGAGACUCUCACAAGCCAAGAUAGUAUCCAGGAUCUUCUCGAAGACGACAAAUACGACGAACUGGAGCGGGUAUACACUCUCCUUCAACGUAAGGACCAUGGGGAGCGAGUGGGUCCCAGCUUCAGCAACUAUGUCGAGACGGAGGGAAGUCUGAUCGUAUUCGACGAAAGGAAAGAGUCCGAAAUGGUCAUCAGACUGCUCGAGUUUAAGCGUCGACUUGAUCGUUUUCUGCAGCAUUCCUUCCACGGCAACGAGAAGAUUGGAAAUGGUUUGCACAAGUCAUUCGAGUUGUUCAUCAACAGAACGAAGAAGACUCAAUCAAACUGGGAUACAGACAAUGCGAAGCCGGGUGAAAUGAUAGCCAAACACGUCGAUCUCCUGCUCAAAGGAGGUGUCAAAGCGGUCCCACGACUUCAGACGCAACGAGGAGACCCAUCCAAACCCGAAGAAGAGCAUGAUUUUGAUGAUGGGCCUGCAGAUGAAGAUGCUGAGAUCAAUCAGCACCUCUCAAAUGCGUUGGACCUGUUCCGUUUUGUUCAUGGCAAAGCUGUGUUCGAGGCAUUUUACAAGAAAGACCUGGCCCGUCGCUUACUGAUGGGCCGCAGUGCUUCAUUUGACGCCGAACGAAACAUGCUCACGCGCCUUAAGAAUGAAUGUGGGGCCUCUUUUACCCAUAACCUGGAGUCCAUGUUCAAAGACAUGAAUCUAGCACGUGAGGAUAUGAUAUCCUAUAGUCAGCUCCUGGACGAUCGAGGCACCAAGUCCAUCCCAGAUCUUUCAGUCAAUGUCCUUUCAGCCUCUGCCUGGCCUACGUAUCCGGACGUCAUGGUCAAUAUCCCAGCCGCGAUUGCUAAAGUGAUGUCCGAUUUUGAGAACCACUACAAGUCGAAACACAGCGGUCGGAAACUGACGUGGAAGCACAGUCUUGCACACUGCCAGCUCCGAGCCAAAUUCCCCAGAGGCAACAAAGAGCUUGUAGUAUCUGCGUUUCAAGCCAUUGUGCUCCUUCUAUUCAACGACAUCCCAGCUGACAAGCACCUGACGUACACUGAGAUCAAGGGCUCAUCCGGUCUCGUGGAUGCCGAGCUCAAGCGCACCCUCCAGUCCCUUGCAUGUGCCAAGUACCAAGUCCUCCGUAAACAUCCCAAGGGCCGCGAGGUCAACGAGACCGACACCUUCACAUUCGCGACAUCCUUCCACGACCCCAAGAUGCGCAUCAAAAUCAAUCAGAUCCAGUUGAAGGAGACCAAGGAAGAGAACAAGGAAACGCAUCAACGCGUGGCGGCCGACCGGCAUUACGAAACCCAGGCGGCAAUCGUGCGCAUCAUGAAGAGCAAGAAGACCAUCGGCCACAACGACCUCAUCGUUGAGGUCAUCAAGGCCACGAUGUCAAGGGGUGUACUUGAUCAGGCCGAUAUCAAGCGAAACAUCGAGAAGUAA